AUGACUGGAAUUUCCCCCGAUAUGCCUGCCAAGGCUACUACCAAGAAGCGAUCCCGCGAUGAAUCCUGUGGAGAUGACCCCGAAGAUGUGGGAGCUCCACGCAAACGAUCUCGCGAAGCUACUCCGGAGCAAGUCGCUCAAUCUGAAGCCACCCAAGGACCUCUCAAAGCCGGCAACACCAAGAAGCGAUCCCACGAGGACUGCAGCGAAGAUGAUCUCGAAGACGGCGAAGCCCCACGCAAACCACCCCACGAAACCACUCCUGAACAAGUUAAUCAGUCCGUAGCCGAUUCUACCAAGCCUGCGACGAGCGAAGAUACACGCUCAACUGCUACUUCUGGUUCUACCUCGCAUUCCAAAAUCGUGAGUAUUACUCCUACAAGCCCAAUCAUCAAGCUGGAGGCACGCGACAGUGAUAAGGAAGAGGGAAUUGACCCCUGGACCUUGGACAACUACGAGCAUGACUCGGACUGGGAGACUAUCUCGAAUGUCUCGACUAUCGCCGACAACGACAAGAAUGUCUUACCUCCUCCCGACUUCCAAUCGACUAACAUCGAACGCCAGGCCUCCGAUUCUAUCAAGCCCGAGACGAGCGAAGACACAGCCUCUGUUCCUGCUUCUGAUUCUACUUCGCAUCCUGAAAACGUGAGUACUCCCCCCCACCCUGUUAUCAAGGUAGACAUUAAUGAAGAGGAAUCCCAGGCGGCCCCGAUACCUACCGAAGCUCCCGACAACGGAUUUGCCACAAGUGCAUUUGCCAAGGCAACAUCCAGCUUUGCAUCUGUCCCGAAAACAUCUGCAUUCGGUACCUUUGGAGGCGGAUUCUCCAGUGUGGGCGGCGGUUUUAAAUCCGCCCCAGGCCUCAGUGGCGGUGGCCUAACCAGCUUCGCAACCACCGACAAGCCCACAUUAUCCAGCUUUGCUUCCCCGAAAACAUCUGCAUUCGGAACCCUUGGAACUGAAUCUUCGAGUGUGGGCAGCGGUUUCAAAUCCGCCUCAAGCCUCGGCAGUGGUUUGACCAGUUUCGCAUCUAACGCUAAACCCACAUUAUCUAGCUUUGCUUCCCCGAAAACAUCUGCAUUCGGCGCCCUUGGAACUGAAUCUUCGAGUGUGGGAAGCAGUUUCAAAUCCGCCCAAAAUCUCACUGGCGGUCUGACAAGCUUCGCAUCUAACGCCAAGCCGACAUCAUCGAGCUUUAGUUCCUCAAAAACAUCUGCAUUCGGAACCCUUGGAACCGAACCUUCGAAUGUGGGCUGUAGUGUUUUAUCCGCUCCAGGCCCCAGUGGUCCUGAAACUGGUGAAGAAGGCGAAACAACUAUCUUCACGUGCAAGGGGAAACUAUACCACUUCGUCAACAAAGAAUGGAAGGAACGUGGCUUCGGAACUUUCAAGGUGAAUUCCCGAGAGGACGAUGGAAAGAAGGCCGUUCGCAUGAUCAUGCGGGCAGAUGGAGCUGGUCGUGUGAUGCUCAACAGUCCUAUCUUCAAGGGCAUGGGCUUCGGUAAUCCUAAGAAUGAGGCUCCCGAAGGCCGAAGGGUGUUCUUGACGACAACAGAAGAGGGGAGCCCAGUGACCCUGCUUCUUCGGACUGGAAGCGAGGCCACGGCCAUGGAGCUUUUCGAGGUUCUAGAGGAAUUACAGUGA